CUGCCUCCUCCCCAGGCUAUAUGGACCAGAUUCUUCCCAGCCUCAGUGGAGAUCAGGCGGCUGUUGGACCAGGGGGAGUUGGGAGAGGUGAAGAUGGUGAGGUCGGAGUUUGGUGAGCCGUUAUCGCACGUGCCGAGGUCGGGUCUGAAGGAGCUGGGCGGAGGAGCAAUGCUAGACAUCGGCAUCUACUGCCUGCAGUUCAUAUGCAUGGUGUUCAAUGGAGAGAAGCCGGAGAGCAUCCAGGCCGUGGGGGUCUGUCUGGAGACAGGAGUGGAUGAGACUGUGGUUGUCACUCUGAAGUUCUCCAGAAACAGGAUGGCCGUGUUCUCCUGCUCCUCAGGUGUCAAGCUGCCCAGUGACGCCAUUAUUGCGGGCACAAAGGGAAACAUCAGGAUCCCUGACCACAUGUGGUGCCCCACGUCAUUAGAGGUGAAUGGGAAGGAGACCCAGUACCCAGUGCCAGAGCCUUAUCUGCCCCUCAACUUCCUCAACAGUACAGGGAUGCGUUACGAGGCAGAGGAGGUCCGGCAGUGUUUGCUCAAAGGGCUGAAGGAGAGUGCAGUCGUCUCCCAUGCUGACUCUCUGCUGCUGGCUGAGUUGGAGGAUGAGAUUCGCAGGCAGGUGGGGGUCGUGUACAGCCAGGACAGCAAGUAAAUGCUCAAACUGUGAAUCUGGAUAUAUUGACCUUGUUGAAUAAAUAGUUCUUUAUGUUUUGA